CCUCUUUCUUUCUCUUUGUCCCCCUGAUUGUUUAGAACCUAGUGACCAGCCUAUGACCCCUUAGAGACCUCUUGUGUGUAUUAGUCAAACCCAUGUUUGAUCUGGGUUUUCGCUACUGUAGACUCAAACAAUGCAGAGCUUUGUGUUCGGAUCUCUCUAUUGAUGAGAUCAGUAAGUGACACUCACAGUAUAGGAGCUCGUUGAUGAGACUAGCGUGUGGAGGAGUUUGCUCUAACAAAUAGAUGAAUCCUCCAGGUAACAGUACACAAUUAGUUAUGAUAGUUGACUUUUUCCAUAAUGAAGUCAUCUAAAGAAAAUUCAAAGGAAAAAAAUGCUGAGUAGAGCUUCCCUACAGAAUUACCCCCCCCCCCCCCCCCAUCACCAUCCAGAUUCAAUAGAGCUCAAACUUUCUGUUUUGUUUUGUUUUUUUUUUGUAUUUUUUGCUGAGCUGGUGAUGUCACUAAACUCACCUCAGAAGUCAUUUAAAUUUUCUCAUGUAUGGUAAUUUGACUGUCUACUAUAAUUAAUAAUUUAGUAGCCUCGACUCUCCCCAGACAGGUUGGUUGUGUGUUUUUUUCAUGUCUGUUUGGGUAGUGUCUCAAUACCAAUGUUGUCAUUGUUGUGAUAAGAUGCUCAGAUGUGCCACCCUCUCUCAGGUCUGUAGCCAGUGUCUGCAGGUGUGUCUGCGGACACAUGUGUCAGGGUUAACGCAUCGACUUUUAUAAGGAGAGCUUCUGUCACUGUCUCAUCUGUGGGGUAUGUAGCGAGUUUCUGUCUUCUUCACUUACUCUCUGCCUUUUGGCCUGCUCCAGGGGUCUGGCAGGGGGCACUACCAGUGCAACCCCAGGCCUGUUAAGCAUAACACCCCCUUUUCACUGACAGACCUCAGAUAAACCAUGCUAGAACCUGGCUGCGCAUGACUAAUAAGGUCUGGGUGGUUUUCCAUCGCAGUGUUCUUUCUGUAAUACAUCACAUGAAUUCAAACCAAAGGAGAGAUACAUAGUUGUUGACUUGCAAGGAAGAGGAAAAAGAUGUAAGUUUAUAAGGUUCUCAGGUUUUAGAAAACAUUUAACUUGGAAACAUUACAAAAUAGGUUUAGGUAGCUAAAUUUUUCAUAAGUGUUUGUUAGAGUGAGACAGUUUAUAAGCAUUUGGCUACCUGCACUUUCUGUGAUAAAUUUAAAGUUACCUUAGUUAUCAAUAGCUAUCAUAUGCCUAUAUUGCUAGUGAGGAUAAGAAUGAAUACAUAUCAACGGUGUACAUAUUACAGAGCAAAUUUGAAAUGUCUUUUAGAUAGCUGGUAACCAGUCCAUUGCCAGGUUGUGGAGCUAAGCUGACAUAGUUGGUUCUCUUUUAAUAAAAAAGAUAAUGGAAAACCAUGCGGAACCUAAAUUUAGCAAGUCUUAGCCUGAAAUUACUUUGAGAUCUCUGGUGGAAAAGGGUUAUGAAGCACAAGACCCUGGAGGCUUGGUUAAUGGAGCAGAAAACUGUUUAGUGUCUUCUUUCUAGAUUUGGUAAUUCUAGCCAUUUUGUUUUGGUCAUUACUUCUGGAAGGUCCCCACCGCUUUGGCUCCUCAGAAUACAGUGGUUCCUGAACCUGGAUUACUUUCAUCACAGCUGGAAUUUAUUUAAACCCACUUUUCUAAUUUGUCCAUGACAGGUGGGCUAAAGUCACAAGGCCUGAAAAUGGAGCAAGUGCUCCGCCAUAGAGAGAGCCCACAGCCCACCCUUUAACUAUUUCACAGGCUGUCCGUUAAACUGCGGAGGGAUAUAUCACGGGAGGUGGGCAGAGACCGCGGCCAAAAAGCCUGAGAGGUAAGGGCACGUUUCUUACAGGACCGGCUCUCACCAUCACCCCCAUUCUGUUCUUAAUCCUCAUACAUGCUCUGUGGCUGCAAUGUCUGCUCAUGCCAAUAUUUGUACUUAAUGCCUUUAAAAUGACCUGCUGGUCAGAGGUAAUGAAAUUUGCCAGCUGUAAGACUGUUAACCUGUAUGUUAUAUGUCUUUAUUGCCUGUACCAUGGCCUGUGCUUUUUUGUAAUACAACUGAACAGUAGAUUCAGACUGCUCAGACAAACCACCACCUGCCACUGGCAGUUGAGAUUCCAACUUUCAAACUGGUAGCCAUGACGACUGGAGCUUGUUUGUUUUCCACCGGUGUGAGAUGUGGCUGGACUGAUAAGUCACCUUGGGCGGAGCAGGGGGAGGGAGGGUGCCCUGCCGUGUCGUAGUUCAAACCUGGUGGAAUUUGAUUCCGCUGACUGCUGUAGCUUCAGCCUCCGUCCUGUGUUUUGUAUCCUACAUGAAAAUUCAUCCUGCUGGAUUUUGAAGAACAGUUAUUCUUCUGCUGCACCAGUACAGGGGGUGGGCGUCUGUUUCCUUCAUGUUUAUUUCCCCCAUCCCGCACAAGGACCAUCUCAACUUUGGAUGAAAAAUGAGGCAAUUUAAAAUGUGAGGUUCAACAACUCUAUCCAGAGGACAAAUGGAAUCAACGAAAACCGCAAAGACAAAAAGACCUCAAUUAUUGUGAAGAAGGAGAAGAGGUUGACGGGACUUGAUGAGCUGAUGUGGACUCCAUCAUCCUGUUGUUUCUGUUCCUCUUUAAGCUUCUGUAAUUCUGUGCGGGGGGAAGGUUAUCUCUUGUUUUCAGUGGAUGUACAGAGAGCACUGCAGACAUUAACUUUGAGAGUUUCAUUCCUUAUUUCCUUUUGUCAAUAAAAUUAUGCAGUUGUAAUGAACCGUGUGCGUUUGCUGGCGCUCCCUGUGUGUGGACAGUACCCUUGAGUGUGUUUGUGAUUAUCUGAGUCUGUGAGUUUGUUGACAUGUGUGUUUGUCUGUACUGGGCGUGUGUGUGUGUGUGUCUUUACCAAGUGUGAGCGUGCGUGAGUGUCUUUGGGAAGAUGUGGGGUUUUUCUCUCCAGUGUUUGGAGAUUAAAUGUGUACAGACUGAUAAAAAGCUCUGUCAGGUGGAUGGGGGAUGUCUGCUUCACUGCCCUUUUUAUUGGACCUUUCCUCUGCUCUGUUUUUUUCCUGUUUCUGUUCAAUUAAACCACUGAUAUUCAUUUUCAGGCAUAAAAAAAUGCUCAUCCUCUGCCCCCCUCCCCGCCUACCCCAGUGUGACUGUAGGUAUAAUGUCUUUAUGUCCACACAAUGAAAAGAACCUAAAGAAAGAAAAAUGUCAUGUUGUGGUAUGUGCCAUGUCUUUCCUUUGUUUCAGAAAAACCCUGUCAGUAUUUUUCAUUGUUUCUCUCCUGUUCUUUUCAAAGGAUCUUAAUAGAAAAGGCCACUAAAGGUAAAUGUUGAGAGUACCACUUUAAAAGCGAUUGUCAUCUUUUCCCAGUAGAAGUACAAUGAUUCUGUGUUACUCUGAGGACAUAUCAAUUAUGUAAUGAUGGAUUUAGAAUGAUCCGUUUUGUGAUGAUCAUGAUGAUGAUGAAGAUGAUGACGAUGGUGGUGAUUAAGAUCAUAACAGUAGCGGUGAUGAUGAUGGUGGUGAUUAAGAUCAUAAUAAUAGUAAUGAUGAUGACGACGCUGGGGCGGAGCAGGGUGUGGAAGAAUGGUCAGUCACGCCGGCUGUGUUCUCUUGCCCCCCUCCUCCCCCCCUCCGCAGGCUUUUGUGGUGAAGCGGCUCCUGGAGUACACUCAGGGAGCCGAACCGGACCUCCCCUACGGCCUGCUGCUGGUUCUGGGCCUGCUGGCCACCGAGAUGAUCCGCUCCUGGUCCCUGGCUCUCACCUGGGCCCUGAACUAUCGGACCGGCACGCGCCUGCGUGGCGCCAUCCUCACCAUGGCAUUCCACAAGAUUCUGCGGCUCCGCAGCAUCCGGGACAAGUCUGUGGGGGAGCUGAUCAACAUGUGCUCGAACGACGGGCAGCGGAUGUUUGAGGCAGCAGCAGUCGGCAGUCUGCUGGCAGGCGGGCCCCUCAUCGCUGUGUUGGGGAUGGGCUACAACCUGGCUAUUCUGGGCCCCACCUCACUGCUGGGGUCUGCAGUCUUCAUCCUAUUCUACCCUGCCAUGAUGUUCAGCUCCAGGCUGACAGCCUACUUUAGGAGGAAGGGUGUGGCUGUGACAGAUGAGCGGGUGCAGAAGAUGAAUGAAAUUCUCAACUAUAUCAAGUUCAUCAAGAUGUAUGCCUGGGUGAAGGCCUUCUCCCAGUCCGUGCGCAGAAUCCGUGAGGAGGAGCGCAGAAUCCUGGAAAAGACAGGGUAUUUCCAGAGCAUCACGGUUGGCGUAGCACCCAUUGUUGUGGUGAUUGCCAGCGUGGCCACCUUCUCCGCCCACAUGCUGUUGGGAUAUGACCUCACUGCCUCCCAGGCAUUCACUGUAGUAACCGUUUUCAAUGCUAUGACCUUCGCCCUCAAAGUUACACCCUUCUCGGUCAAGUCCUUGUCCGAGGCGUCUGUGGCCAUGGAGAGGUUCAAGAGUUUGUUUCUCAUGCCGGAGGUGGAAAUGACUCGACUGCAGCCACAGAGCCCCCUUGUGGCCAUAGAAAUGAGGGGUGCCAGUCUUGCCUGGGAGACAGGUGGCCACAGUGCCCAGCCCACGCCCCGUGGCACGCCCUCUGUGGGUGUGGCCCAGAGGCACCUCCUCAGGAGGCCCAAGGCAGAAGCUCAGGGGGAGGAAGGAGGACAGCGAGGCACUCUGCAGGAGCAGGGCGGCCAUCUGCUGACAGACACCGAGGGAGACUCGGCCUCCGGCCCCGAGGACAACACCUCGCCCGUCCCCACCAUCAGCCAGCGUCUGCAGAGGACUCUGCACUGCAUUGACCUGACAGUGCCACAGGGGAAGCUGGUUGGAAUCUGUGGCAGUGUGGGUAGUGGAAAGACUUCUUUGAUUUCAGCCAUCCUCGGUCAGAUGACAUUGCUGGAGGGCACUGUGGCAGUGAGCGGAGAUUUCGCCUACGUGGCACAGCAGGCAUGGAUCCUCAAUGCCUCACUGCAGGACAACAUACUGUUCGGGAAGGAAUACGAAGAGGAGAGGUACCAGGUGGUCCUGAAUACCUGUUGUCUGAGACCGGACCUAGCCAUCCUUCCCAAUGCUGACCUGACUGAGAUCGGUGAACGCGGUGCCAACCUGAGCGGCGGGCAGCGGCAGCGCAUCAGCCUGGCACGUGCCCUGUACAGCGACAGGGACAUCUAUAUCCUGGACGACCCGCUCAGCGCCCUCGACGCCCACGUGGGCAACCACAUCUUCAACAAUGCCAUCAAGAAGCAGCUCCGCCACAAGACGGUCAUCUUCGUCACUCACCAGCUACAGUACCUGGUGGACUGUGAUGAUGUCAUCUUCAUGAGGGACGGGAGCAUCACAGAACAAGGCAGCCAUGAGGACCUGAUGCGUCUGAAUGGAGACUAUGCCGCCAUGUUCAACAACCUGCAGCUGGGAGAGGCUCCCUUCGUGGAGGUGACUAACAAGAACACUGGAAACUCUCUGAAGAAACCUCCAGAGAAGACCAAGGCUGGAUCCAUUAAAAAGGACAAGCCUGCGAGCAAGGACGAUGGUCAGCUGAUGCAGGUGGAAGAGCGUGGGCGGGGCUCUGUCCCCUGGUCAGUGUAUGGGGUGUACAUCCAGGCAUCGGGUGGGGUGACGGUCUUCCUCCUCAUCCUGGCACUGUUCAUCCUCAAUGUGGGCAGCACUGCCUUCAGCAACUGGUGGCUCAGCUACUGGAUCAAGGAGGGCAGCGGGAACACCACAGUGCAAGUAGGGAACAGCUCCGUGGUGAGCGAAAGCAUGCGGGACAACCCCCUGAUGCAGCACUAUGCCGCGGUCUAUGCACUGUCUAUGGGAAUCAUGCUGCUAUUCAAACUGCUGCGUGGCAUCGCCUUUGUCAAGGGAACAUUGCGAGCCUCAUCUCGGCUCCAUGAGGAGCUUUUCCGGAAGAUUCUGCGCAGCCCUAUGAAGUUCUUCGACACCACGCCCACCGCCCGCAUCCUAAACCGAUUCUCCAAGGACAUGGACGAAGUGGACACCCGGCUGCCUUUCCAAGCGGAGAUGUUCAUCCAGAAUGUGAUUCUGGUCUUCUUCUGCCUGGGCGUGAUUAGCUGUGUGUUUCCAUGGUUCCUGGUGGCUGUGGGGCCCCUGGUCCUGCUCUUCAUCCUGCUGCAUGUGGUGUCACGCGUCUUCAUCCGCGAGCUCAAGCGCCUGGACAACAUCACGCAGUCGCCUUUCCUGUCCCACAUCACCUCCAGCAUCCAGGGCCUCACCACCAUCCACGCCUACAGCAAGGGGGACGAGUUCCUCUACAGGUACCAGGAGCUGCUGGAUCAGAACCAGGCGCCGUUCUACCUGUUCAGCUGCGCGAUGCGCUGGCUGGCGGUCCGUCUGGACGUGAUCAGCGUGGCUCUGAUCAGCAUCACGGCUCUGAUGACCGUCCUGAUGCACGGCCAGAUCCCGCCCGCCUACGCCGGUCUCGCCAUCUCCUACGCCGUGCAGCUCACUGGGUUGUUCCAGUUCACUGUGCGCCUGGCGUCUGAAACGGAGGCACGUUUCACCUCCGUGGAGAGAAUUCACCAUUACAUCCAGUCUCUGGCCCUGGAGGCUCCAGCCAGAAUCAAGAACAAGGCCCCACCUCAAGACUGGCCCCAGGAGGGCGAGGUGGUGUUUGACGCGACGGAGAUGAGGUACAGGGAGACCCUGCCGCUGGUUCUGAAGAAAGUGUCCUGCACCAUCAGGUCCAAGGAGAAGGUCGGCAUUGUAGGCCGCACCGGCUCAGGGAAGUCCUCUCUGGGUGUGGUGCUGUUUCGCCUCGUCGAACCAUGUGGCGGUUCCAUCAAGAUCGACGGCAUCAACAUCUGUGACAUAGGCUUGGCUGACCUGCGCAGCAAGCUGUCAAUCAUCCCACAGGAGCCAGUACUGUUCAGCGGCACUGUCAGAUCCAACCUGGACCCCUUCAACCAGUACGCUGAGGAGCGCAUCUGGGAUGCCUUGGAACGGACCCACAUGAAGGAGUGUAUUUCCCAGCUGCCUCUGAAGCUGGAAUCGGAGGUGGUGGAGAACGGGGAGAACUUCUCGGUGGGAGAGAGACAGCUGCUGUGUGUGGCCCGGGCUCUGCUGAGGCAGUGCAAGGUCCUGAUCCUGGACGAGGCCACAGCCGCCAUGGACACGGAGACAGACCUGCUGAUCCAGGAGACAAUCCGCAACGCCUUCCAGGACUGCACCACCCUGACCAUCGCACACCGGCUGCACACCGUGCUGAACUGCGACCGCAUCAUGGUGCUCAACCAGGGACAGGUGGUGGAGUUUGACGAGCCGUCCAAACUACUGGCCAACGAGAACUCUCGAUUCUGCGCCAUGCUGGCGGCUGUGGAGAACAAGAUUUCCGUGAGGGGCUAAAAAGGGGCGUGGGGGAACGUGCGCAAAGCAGCACCACGCCCUGGAGAGGGGGGAGAGGAAACCCCAGGCAGACACUGUCCCAUCCUGCUUGGUCCUGGCCACAGCCUCCCCUCCUGCAGUCCUGCAGAUCACCCUGCCGCCUGCUGGGGGCGCUGUGUCGAGCUCUGUUGGGACAGGGGCCUGAGCACGUGCCCAGGGCUCUCCUGGGAAGAAGACUGCUCAGAAAUCACUCUCUGCUUAAAUGGUCAGGGAACCACUGAUACUGUAACAAUGUUUUAAGUAAUAUUAAAAAAAAGCUUUACACGUGUAGCUAUAUUCAUUUAAAAAGGUUUGUUUUAUAGAAUAUAUAUCCACGUAUGUAUAUACAUGUAUACAUAUAUUUACAGUGGAAAGGAUGUACGCUAAGCUUAUUUUGUACUGACUUUGUUUGUACAACAUCAGUGUAAUGACAUGUAUUAUGUAUUUUCACUUGUGUGUUGCUCUGUCACCAUAGUCUGACCUCCAAGUGUUUAGCAAUUUAGCGGUCUUCAGAUCUCCGUAAUGCUGUUGUCAUGUGAUUCAAGCUCUGGUCCUAACCUGGUCUAAUUGGUUUGCGCACCCAUAAGGUGUGACGUGGGUCAGGUUAGGCCUGCACAGAGAGGGAGCCUCACUGAGUAUUGACAAGUACUGUAUCUUCUUGAUGUUUCUGUUGCUCCAUGCUCUGAGGCGACUGACUUCCUGCUGACAGUCUUACCCCAGAUAAGAGGCCUUGUCUACAGCCUGUUUCCUUCGGCUUUGUUUGUUACUCCCAUUAGUUGUUGAUAGUGUUUUUAUUUUCUGUUGAAAGGUGUUUUUUUGCCACUCAGCCCUUGCACAGGGUGGCGCUGUAGCUGCUCAGCACCUCCCUCUGCUGGUGGGAGGGCCUGUGACUGUCGCUGGCUGUCUGUCCUCAAGCAAGGAAGGACAGAUUGUAUUUUGAACUGCAAAAGGAGGAAGGAGCUGUGUGUGCGUGUGUGUGCUUGUGCGUGUGUGUGUGUGUAUAAUAUCCGAACCACACAGAUGGGAACUCCAGUACUUGGUGUGGGUUCUGUCCAUGCCCUGUGGUACUGGUAGGACCCAGAUUGGUACUGUAAUGGCAACGGCUUUCCAGCAGGCCUUGCAGAAUGUGUCUGCCUGUAUGUUAUUUCUAUUACUUUUUAUAGCCUUAGCAUGACUUAAUUAUUGCCUUUUGAAGGGGGGAGGGAGAAGAAAUCUCUGAAAUAUGUUAAUAAAACUAUUUUAGGUUUAUCCAUAGUGUAUAU